GAACCUCCAUGAAUGAAAGAAGUCAAAUCCAAUAAAAGGGGUGGGGCCAGGGAAAGUCAGGAUGGAGAGGAAAGUGCUAGAUGAUACUGGACAUCCUCCAGCCAGGAAAUGAGGCGGAGCUCUAUCUGACUGGCUGCAGCUUCUAAUGCACAUUGUGAGAAGCUCCCAGUGUGCGGUGACAUCAGAGAAAGCCAUUCCAGUCCAGGGGAGGAGCCGGUACACCUGUGCAAGACUGAAGGGGAGGAGCCGG